AUGGAGAAAUGGAACCAAACUUCAAAUGAUUUCAUUUUGUUGGGGCUGUUACCCCAAAACCAAACUGGCCUACUUCUCUUGCUCCUGAUCAUCUYUGUGUUUGUUCUCGCCUGUUUGGGGAACUCAGGGAUGACUGCCCUCAUCUUCUUGGACCCCCGGCUCCACACCCCCAUGUACUUUCUCCUCAGCCAGCUCUCCCUCAUGGACUUAAUGUACAUCUCCACCACAGUCCCCAAAAUGGUGUACAACUUCCUCUCUGGCCAGACAAGUAUCUCCUUUUUCAGUUGUGGUGUACAAAGCUUCUUCUUUGUGACACUGGCAUGUUCUGAAGGCUUACUCCUGGCUUCCAUGGCCUAUGACCGCUUUGUGGCCAUCUGUCAUCCCCUCCAUUAUCACAUACAUAUGAGCAAAAGAAUGUGUGUGAAGAUGAUCCUUGGGUCCUGGACACUAGGUUCCUUCAAUGGCCUAGUACACACUGUGUAUGUUCUUCAUCUUCCAUACUGCAGGACCAGGACCAUCAAUCACUUCUACUGUGACAUCCCAGCCAUGUUGCUUCUUGUCUGUACAGACACCUCGGUCUAUGAGUAUGUGAUUUUUUUUAGUGCAGUCCUGAUUCUCCUCCUUCCUUUCCUUGGCAUCACUUUGUCCUAUGGACGGGUCAUUUUUUCUGUCUUCCACAUGCGCUCAAAAGAGGGGAGAAGAAAGGCCUUCACCACRUGCUCCACACAUUUAACUGUGGUGACAUUUUACUAUGCUCCUUUUGUCUACACUUAUCUCCGUCCGAAGAAUGUACGCUCACCAGAAGAAGAUAAGAACCUGGCUGUCUUCUACACCAUCCUCACCCCCAUGCUCAAUCCCAUCAUCUACAGCCUGAGGAACAAGGAGKUGCUGGGGAACAUGAGAAGAGUGUGUGGGAUGAUCUCCCCCAGGAAGAAGUGA